UUAAAAUCAGACAUCUUAUAAGAUCACAACCAAAUUAUAUUAAUCAUUCUUAAUCACAAAUUAAACCACCAUGGAAAGCCUAAUAGAACCUUCUAUCUCAACUUCAACAUAUUUUUAGAUCACAACCAAAUUAUAAUCUUUCUUGAUCAUCACAAAUUAAAUCACCAUGGACAGCCUAAGAGCACCUUCAAUCUCAACUUCAACAUAUUUUUAUGCCCCUCUAAUUAUCUCCAUGAUAGGCAUAAUUUCCUCAGCAUUAGCAUUAUUAAUAUACCACUUGGUCUUAACCAAAUAUUGUCUUCUAAGAAGUAAUUCAUCACAAACAUUAAACAGUAUUCAAAGAUCAACAAACCAAGAAGCUGAAUUACCCAUAGGAGUAGACAAAACAGUCUUGGAAAAAAUCCCUAUCAUAUCUUAUAAUGCAAUUCAUAAAAAGGGCAAAUUAUUUCGUGUAGAUCAAACUGAGUGUGCUGUUUGCUUGGGUGAAUUGGAAGAUAAAGAAUUGGUUCGAUUGUUGCCUAAUUGUCGACACGCUUUCCACGUACCGUGCAUCGACAAGUGGUUCGUGGAGCACUCGAGUUGCCCCAUUUGUCGUGCUCCAGUCACGGACAUAGAGACACGUGUCAUGUAUUUAUUGGAUCUACUAUCGGAGAUUAACUUAAACGGAGAAAAUGUUUCUUCUUCUACUACUACUUCAACUUUACAACCUCAUGACGUGCUUCGACAUUGUGUAUCGAUGAUAAUGUCUAAAGAGAGGAGAUCAACAACAUUGCCACCACAAAAAAUUAGGAGAUCAUUGUCUAUGGAUUUCACUAAUUAUAAUCACGAAGAAGAUUAUUCAUCAUUAAGGAGCAAAUCGUCCAAGUUAUUGAGAUCAUUGUCUCGGCUUGGUAGGGGAAAGGGAAACCAAAUUAUUCCCUACUGAUCUUAUGCGAGGCAAAAAUUAUUAAUUAGGUGAGUUUCUCUUCAUUUGUUCAAGUCUUGAUGAACAGAAUUACUCGAUACCUAUAUUAAUGGAGGUAACAUAUACCUAUGAAAUUAAUUAAGGUAUGCACAAGAUUAUUCGAACAAUACAAUACACACCAGAUGAUUCGAACAUUACAAUUGUCAAAAUACAUUAUUCAUUCUCUCUCAUUUUCUAAUUAAAUAAUACUCUGUCAAAAUACAUCAUUCAUUUUUUUUUUUGGUUGAGUUUUUACUCUGUUUUCUUUUUUAAACUCUUCUUCGUUUAUCAAGGAAGUGUGUGAGCUU